AUGGUUAUCUUCAAGAAACGAAGCCCUUUAAGCGGCUUCUUCGGAAAGAAGGAGGCUGAAGAUGCGUCUGAACUGGCACACAACCAGCAAACCCCUAGCCUCCCGAAAUGGAGCUUCGGGGUCUUGAAUGACAAAGAAACGGUAGAAGUACCAGGAUCCGUCCUCCUCCUCGCCAACGACCGAAACGCCCCUCUCGGUCUUCACCACGCCCGAGCAAGGACAUCCGUAUCGUCAUUCCCCACCGACCUCGAGUACAGCUCGCAACGGCCGAGCGUAGGACCUCGAACGCACUCCGCCGCAAGCCGCGUGACGGUCAAAAAGACGGAAGACGGAAGGAUCAUCCUGGAGCCGCAGCCCGACGACUCCGUCAACGACCCCCUCAACUGGCCCAUGUGGCGGCGGGACGCGGCCCUCCUCGCUCUCGGCUUCUACUGCAUGAUUGGUGGCGGUGUCACGCCGAUGUUGGCUGCGGGUUUCGGCGACGUUUCCCGGGAAUACGACGUGCCGAUGGAAACGGUGGCGCUCACCGCCGGGCUGUGUAUGCUCGGCCUGGGCGUGGGUUCCGUUCUCGCCUCGCCCACCGCCAUUUUGUAUGGGAAGCGACCCGUGUAUAUCGUCAGUGCUUGCGUCGUCAUCCUGUCUUCAAUCUGGUGUGCCCUUUCUCCGUCUUUUGCGUCUCUUGUCGUGGCUCGGAUCGUCCAGGGAUGGCGUUGA